ACUUCCUAGCAAACAUAGUUGUCUGACAUACACUUUGGAGUACUACUACUUCUACUAUUCUUGUUUGUGCAAUGGGGUCUCUCUCAUUUCUUGGCUUUCUAUUUGGGGUAUUAGUUAUGGGGUCUCUUAGCUCAUCCCAUGCUCACAAAUUCUUGGUUGGUGGAAAAGAUGGUUGGGGAUCAAACCCUUCUGAGAAUUACAAUCACUGGGCUGGAAGAAAUAGAUUUCAAGUCAAUGAUACUCUCCUUUUCAAAUACAAGAAAGGAUCAGAUUCAGUGUUGGUGGUAACAAAGGACCAGUACAAUUCAUGCAACACCACAAGUCCCAAACAGUCCUUGACAGACGGAGAGUCAGUCUUCAAGUUCGAUCGUUCAGGUCCAUUUUACUUCAUCAGUGGAACUGGUGAUCACUGCAAAAAGGGACAGAAGCUCAUCAUAAUUGUCUUGGCCGUGCGAAACAAAACUCGCCACGCUCCCCCGCCAUCUACUGCUCCGGUGCCCAAGCCACCCGUGUCACCAUCCCCGACUGCUGAAACCCCGGCAUCACCUCCUACAACGCAGCCUCCAGUAGCCAAGAGCCCGAAAGGAGAGUCACCUCAGCCUGCAGCCGUGAGCCCAUCGGAUAUGGAACCUCCGGCUCCAGCUCCAGCUAAAUCAAGUGCACCAGGUUUUACUGGUUCAGUUGGGUUGGCUUUGGGUAUUAGUAUUGGAGUGAGUGUGGUUUUAGGCAGCUUUGUUGGGAUGGUUUAGAAUUUAGAGCCUUGGUGAGGGAUCGGGGAUGGUAUAAGACCAGAUUGUUGUUUGCCAGUAUAAUGGAAAUAGGGGUUGAAAUUUUACAAAUUCUUUGUUUGGAAAUUUAAUGUGUUAUAUAAAUUUCAAUG